AUGUCGCAGACCUCAAGUCGAACCCGUCCCCCUUACGACAAGCGGGUAAGCAGCGUCACAAGCGAGCACCGCAUUUCGCGCUCGCGUGAGGGCUCCCGUCUUCGCAGGAAGUCUAUCAGCUACAACGAUGCCUACCUCUACGCCCUCCGUGUCGGCUUCCUGGCCUACCUAUUGCAGCCACGUGCAAAACGCAAGCGCCAUGUCUCGAAACCGUCGGUCACGCGCACCGAAACGUCGGCCUCGUUCAACGACUUGAUGAAGGAUUUCAGUCUGGUCAGGGAUAGCAAGAGCACGAGGUUUCCGCAUGAUUUCAUCAAAGAGCUGGACAAAAGGCUGCAGCGGAUACUCAUUGGGAAAGACACCAGGCCGGAGUACCAGGAGCCAAUGGCCAAGCGUAGCUUUGCCAUUUUUCUCAACACCCUGUCAGACCCGCAGUUCAAGAGGCGCAUGGAGGCGGACCGCCGAGCCGAGGAUUUGGUACUCAUAUUCUUCUCCAAUACUACAAAGGAGCUGCAGAAAGGGAAGCCUUCGGGCGACGAUGGCGUUAAGCGGAUGGUCGAUCGCCAUGUCGCCCUCUUUGUGCGACUUCUCAGCACAAUCUUGAAAGAGAAGGGCUGGGCGCAGGACAAGCCCGAAUUGGCCGCCAGGUUGGCAAGCCUGGAGAAGAAAUUGCUCAAGCACGACGAAGAUUUGUCCUCACAGAACGGUACUUCCACUUUGGUCGAGGAAGUGGUGCCUCUCACGUAUGAGGUUCGGGACAUGCCGUUGGUGCAGGUCGUUGGUCGUAUAUUCGGGCUCAGGAACACCAUGAUGCAGUCGGAUAUCGACAGGCACAAGGUACAGUGGACCGAAAAGGCCGCCCUUCAAGAUCUUAAGACCUAUCAGACACACUUAAACACAGGCUCGGGGCAGACGUUGACGGCCGACGACUUUGACACAAAGGAAGCAUAUGAAACAUGGAAGAAGUCAGAAGCCCCCGAUCUGUCUCAAUUGAUGCUCGCUAUCAUCCAAGUCAACCCUGAGUUGGCUAAAGUUACCGCCGAGAAUACGCUGCCACAGUUCAACGCUCAGGCUAGCGAGUCUGCAGCCGACCAGGCCUACUCUGAUAUGUCUCGUGUCUUGUCCCAAGAACAGUCUUCUUCUUACGUUCUUGAUCUUCCGGAUUUGAAUGGCCUCAGUCUUAUGCAGGAAAAUGAGUCGGCACAAGCUGAUGAAAAUCCCGCGUACACUUUCAUUCCACCAGAUCCGAGAUCUUUCUACAGAUUCAUUAUGCUCACAGCCUUGAACUAUGACUUGAACGAUCAGACAACCCAGGAGGAUGGCUCUACCUCCCCAUCACAGCUUUUCUCCAAGCAAUCUGCGGAGUUGCUCAACGAGAUCGCGUUGAGAUGGCGCAUCGCCAAAUUCAGCCGAAUUGUCAUCUUCCUAGAUGUGAUUCGGGAGAAAUUCAUGGACCAGAGCCUGUCUCUGGACAUGUUAGACACAGCAUUCAACUACGUCAAAGAGCCUCCUGAAGAGGACCCGAAGAGCAAGCGUGCUUCCUUGGUCAUUAGCGCAUCUGCCUACUUCGCUAGAAACAACUGGACAGUUACCGACUUCUCUCAAAUGCGGAAGCUGUUGGCAGACGUCUACCAUGCGCUCUUACGAGAUCUGUACAAUGUCAUCAUGACGUCGUACGCCGACAAAGCCGAGUUGCCUAGGUUAGGAUCGAUCAUGACCGUCGUCGACGAUCAUCUCCGCUCGGAUCCGAGCUUCAAUGUCAGCCAACACGACUUCGACCAAUUCAAGGGUCAAGCUUCACAAGGGCUCGAGAACAAUGCACGAGACAUAUAUCAAGGGCUAUUAGAAAAGCAGCUACCCGCAGAACCCGAGAAGUGGGAGUUCUUCCACGUUCAAGAGUUGGCCAAAGGAGUACUAAAGCUAUGUGAGAAGGUGCAAAAGCGCUUUAAGCGCAACCCCGAGAUUCUGGGGAUCAACCCGUUGGUGACUUUGCUUACUGUCAUUCUGCCAGCAUUUGCCGAGGAUUCCAAAGCCCUUAUAGAGAGCGUGAUCAAGAAUGCUAGGCAGCAAGACCUCGAGGUUCCGAUACAAGAUGGAUUCGAUCUGUACAGAGAUCUUGCCGAGUUCCGCCGGGUGCAUACGGACGCCGUACCGCAAACUCCAUUCCCAUACAAGCUAGAAGACCUUCUAGCGGACUUUGUGUGGCGCUGGAUCUAUGUUACCGAACAGCAGGUCAGUGGGUGGGUGGAAAAUGCCGUCAGCCAGGACAAAUUCGCCGUACGAACAAGAGAACCCGGACAGGUUCCAACGGAAGAUGAGCGACAUAGUGUGUCAGUCAUCGACAUAUUCCGUUCGUUCAACCAAGUCAUCGAGCAGAUUGCUAAUCUCAACUGGGACGACGAUUUGACAUAUGCCAAGUUCAUGACCGCUAUCGCGAAGGCACUGGGCAACGGCAUCAUGCGGUACUGCGAGCUUGUUGACCAUAAGUUCAGCAAAGAAAUGGACCGCUUGACACCAGAACAAGAAGCCGCGGCCAACAUGACGAGGCAAGAGAAAUGGAUGCAGAUGGCCAAAGACACAUGGAACAAUGCAGCCAGGGUGGAACCUUUCCACUUCUACCCCGAAUCUUUCGUCAAGCUCAACAACGUGUCGUUUGCGAUCUCGCAUUGGGAUAAGCUCGAGGAGGAGAUUAAUGUUGAUGCAUGCGCCGAUGUGAUCAAACAGCACAAUCCUCCUGCGAUGAAUCGGCCUCGCAAGACAACGAACUACGUCUUCACCAUUAAGAUUGUUGAGGCCGAAGACUUGAAGGCUUGCGAUGUCAACGGAUUCAGUGACCCAUAUGUUGUGCUCACCGAUGAGUACCAAAAGCGUUUGUCCAAGAGCAGGAUCAUUUACAGAAACCUCAACCCACGCUGGGACGAGACAGUAGAUAUCUCCACGCAAGGCCCGCUCAACCUGAUCGCCACCAUUUGGGAUUGGGACGCCGUUGGUGACCACGACUACGUUGGCCGCACAUCGCUAAAACUCGAUCCUGCUCAUUUCAGUGACUUUCUACCCCGAGAAUACUGGCUUGACCUCGAUACGCAAGGUCGUCUCCUCGUCCGUGUCAGUAUGGAAGGCGAACGCGACGACAUUCAAUUCUAUUUCGGGAAAGCUUUCCGUACCCUGCAGCGCACACAGCGCGACAUGACACGCAAGAUCACCGACAAGCUAUCGGCCUAUAUCCAGGAAUGUCUGUCUAAGCGUGCACUACGCGCACUCCUCAAUAAGGGCAUCACUGUAUCCUCGGUCUCGGCGUAUUUCCAGCGCAAUCGCGCGCCCGCAGUGUCCGCAAUGCCUUCAGAUGCAGAGAUCGUCAACGCUCUGCGCCCUCUCUUCAACUACUUCGACGACAAUUUCGCCAUCAUGAACCAAACCCUGACCUCAGGAGCCAUGCUAGCCGUCAUGACACGUCUGUGGAAAGAAGUCCUAGGUACCAUCGAAUCCCUCCUAGUGCCUCCCCUCUCCGAUAAGCCGUCCGCGCAGAGGCCUCUGUCCCAGCAGGAGCUCGAUGUUGUCUUCAAAUGGCAGCAGUCCCUCUUCGACUUCUUCCACGCCGUCGAUGAGGACACGGGCGAGGUCAACGGGGUGCCCACCAACGUGCUCAAGAACCCCAAGUAUCACGAGAUCAACACGCUGAAUUUCUUCUACUUUGAGACGACCGAGAACCUCAUCCGCACCAGCGAGCGCAUGGCUUCCGCCACUGCCGCCUCCGCCGCGCACAACCGCCAGCGUCUCUCGGCGCCUGCGACACUGGGUCAGCCGUUCAGUGGUGCGGGCCUGGCGGCGGGCAAUAUCGGUGGGGCAAGACGCGCGAAGAGUAUCAUGGUCAGCCGGAAUCUAGGCACCAUGAAGAGGGCCAAGGAGGAGAAAUGGAAGGCUGCCCAAGCGGAGCCGAGCGACGACAUGAUCCUGAGGAUCCUGCGGAUGAGGAGUGAGGCAGCGAACUAUCUGCGCGAUCGGAGCAGGCAGAAAGAGAGGCUGGCGGCUGCGGCGGCCGCGGAGGCGAUUGUGAGGAUGAGCCUGAUGAGCGAGAAGGGCAGUCGCAUGACGGGGCCGAGCGUUAUUAGGCGUUGA